AUGGAGAAAGCGAAGACGGUGAGCAAGGAGGUGAGGAAGGAUGUGAAGCAGAUGACGUUCCCCUACCACACGGACAAGACGGACGACUUCACCUCCGAGGAGGUCAACCUGGCCAACCGGUGCCACGGACUCCACCUGGAGGGCCUCGACCUGGCCCUCACGCCGGCCGGCAUGCACUAUCUCCUCAUCCACUUUGACAUCCCCACUGGGCCGGCCACGGCCGAGUCCACCUACCGCCUCAAGCUCCGCGGGCUGGUCGACCGCCCACUCGAGCUCUCCAUGGCCGACAUCCGGCGGAGGCCCCGCGUGAGCAUCCCCGUCACCAUGGAGUAUUGGACACACGUACCGUGGCAAAAUGAGGCGCUUGGCACGGCGGUGUGGACGGGCACGCCGCUGAAGGACCUCCUUGAGGAGGCCGGCCUGCAGGACAAGGCCAUCGAGCUCCUCUUCACCGGCCUCGACAAGGGCCUCCAGGGCGGCGAGAUGCAGUACUAUCAGCGCUGCCUCACCAUCGAUGACGCCACCCGCGAAGAGGUGAUCCUGGCGUACGAGAUGAACGGGCAGCCGCUGCUGCCGCAGCACGGGGCGCCACUGCGGCUCAUCGUGCCGGGCUGGUACGGCAUGACCAACGUCAAGUGGCUCGACUCCAUUGAGGCCAUCUCGACGCCCUUCGACGGCUACCAGAUGCAGGCCUACAUGUUCACUCAGUACCCUGGCGACCCGCAGGGCAAGCGGAUGAGGCACCUCAAGGUGCGAUCGCUCAUGGUGCCUCCCGGCGUGCCUGACUUCUUCACUCGCGUUCGCCUCGUCGAAGAAGGCAACGUCAAGCUGAAGGGCCGUGCGUGGGCGGGACCGUUGGCGGUGAAGCAGGUGCUGGUGAGCGUGGACGGCGGCGUCACGUGGGCCGAGGCCACGCUGGCCGCCAAGGCCGUGGGCAAGUUCGCCUGGAUCGCGUGGAGCUUCGAGUGGCGCAACGCGCGCGCCGGCGCCAAGCACUUCCUCAUGACCAAGGCCAUCGACGAGCUGGGCAACGUGCAGGACAACGCCGAGGAGUGGAACUACUACGCCAUGGGUGCUACGGUGCCGCAGUCGGUGCCCGUCGUGGUGGUGAGCUCGCCCGAGUGGCGCAUCACCGGCAAGCCCCUGCCCAACCCGCCUCGCCACCCCAAGCUCUAA